GGAGAGACGGAAAGAGGGGGAACCUGAGAGAGAGCAAUCGCUAAACGGAACGGGAAUCCAAGUUUUACACUUAACCCGUCUUUUUAAGUACAAUUUGUUUGUUUACCUCGUUGUUUUUGUCUACUGGAGACGGGGUACUGACUUUCUGUACGCGUGUGUGCUCUUUUCUUUUAUUUCUAACUCUACCGCCGACACUAAAACCUCGUUUGUUUUGGAUUAGCUAGCUAACGUUAGCUGUUUUUCCCCGUCGGCUAACGUUAAUCUGAGAAAAAGAAACGGGCGGCAUGGUAGAGAGUUUUCUCACUUCAAAGCAGCGUGCGGGUCAAAUAGAGCCGCUAUCUUGUCGUAUUUUCCUCACACAUUGGAUGGAAAAUAAGUAGCGUUUGGCUCCCAAGUUUUCCUUCUUUAUUUUCUCUCUCCUGUUCGUCGUUUUAUGGGUGUUCAUUCGUUUGCGGCGUGGUGGUCAGCGGGGGUGAAGGAGUUCAGAGGAAGGUCGUAGUAGAGAGAAAGCUGUGUCGCUGCACGUUUUUCCUGCACGUAGCUGCUCGGAGGAGUUUCCUGGGAUGUGCUCCCAUCUAUCUUAAAAAGAGCGAGCUUCUGAGAAGAUACACGCAAACUGUGGGAUUUAUAAAAACCUGUGGACUUCGAAGGACAGAGCGCAAAUACUGCUUGACUCUUCCAAGCGAUAUCCAUAAUAACUUCAGUCUAUGCCCGCUGCAAGAGGAGUCAGUUUUUGACACCUUUUAUAUGGAAAAUACUUAACAGCAGUUAUUUUGAAUCGCCUCUUCCCUCACUGAAACAGUGCAGAAAAAUGAGCCCGGGGCCAGUGGACCUCCAUACUAGCCCCAUCUGUGUGGGAUAUUAAUAAUAACACUGUUAUUUCUGUCUUAAAUCAGUGGAGUACCAAAAUCAAACAGAUGAACGUGGACUGUCGCCUUCACUUAUGGAAAAUGAAGAUCUUUACUCGCACAUGUGUCGCCAGAACCCAAGAUCACAUUAUUUAGUGGUCUGCAUUUUUUCCAGGGCUCACGUACAUCACAAACUUGGCUGGGAGGAUUCUCCUAAUUUUUUACCAACUCCCCCCGAAUCACGGGGGGCAACACUGAAUCAGUUGGCCAUCAGUUGAACCUUAAAUUGGAAAAGUUUUCUUUAAUAUCUUUUUAUAUUCAAACGCCUUUUUUUAAAAUAAACAUUUCUUCCUGGAGAUUGGAGUUUUUUACUGAAAAGCUUCAAGAGGAGAGCACAACUUACUCUCAACUCAAAAUGAGACGGUGGACGAUAAAGCUGCGAGCACAAAUUGUGUUUUUUAUCAUCUGCACCUGCAUUAUCUGCCAGUGUGGACUGAUAAACGGAGAAAUCUGCCAGAGCAAAGACAUUCGAAACAAUGUGACCAACCUCCAGUCGCUUGAGAACUGCACCAUCAUCGAGGGCCACCUGAAGAUCCUGCUCCUGUUCAAGACUAAGACUGACGACUUCCGUGGCAUUAGCUUCCCAAAGCUUCGAAUGGUGACAGACUAUGUGCUGCUGUUUAGGGUCUACGGCCUGGAGUCCAUCAGCGAACUCUUUCCCAACCUUUCAGUGAUUCGUGGAAACAACCUCUUUUUCAACUACGCUCUGGUGAUAUACGAGAUGCUGCAGCUUAAGGAGGUGGGCCUCCACAGUCUCAUGAACAUCACCCGAGGUGCCGUCAGGAUAGAGAAGAACCCGGACCUGUGCUACCUGGCCACUUUGGACUGGUCAAAGAUCCUGGACUCGAUGGGGGACAACUUUAUUGUUGAAAAUAAGAACGAGCGAGAGUGUGGGGAUGUGUGUCCAGGCACGGCUCAGGGCCAAACCAUCUGCCCACAGAACACCAUCAAUGGACACUUCAGGGGACGAUGCUGGUCACAGAACCACUGCCAGAGAAUGUGUCUGGACAACUGUAAGCCUGGUGUGUGUAGCAUCCAGGGCCAGUGCUGCCAUGACCAGUGUCUGGGUGGCUGUUCGGAGCCUGGUAAUGCGAGUAGCUGUGUGGCUUGCAGGAACCUUCAGCAUGGGAACAACUGCGUGGAGAAGUGUCCUCCUGGGUACUACACAUUCAGGGGCUGGCGCUGUGUCAGCUUCUCCUUCUGCCAGGAGCUCCACAACCAGUGUAAGCAGACUAAAAAGUUGAACCAGGACCGGGAGUCAGGUUGCCACGAAUACGUCAUCCAUGAUGGGGCCUGUAUACCCGAGUGUCCUUCUGGAUACGCCACCAUCAACUCUUCUACUUUGACAUGUUCGCCAUGUGCAGGCCUGUGUCCUAAACUCUGCGUUGGAAAUAAGACAAUUGACUCGGUUACUUCAGCCCAGGCUAUGAGAGGCUGCACCGUUCUCCACGGCAACCUGAUGAUCAAGAUUCGAGGAGGGAAUAACAUUGCAGCUGAGCUGGAGGCUAGUUUGGGCCAGCUGGAGGAGAUCACUGGCUCCCUCAUUGUUCGAAGGGCCUACGCUUUGGUGUCCCUCUCCUUUCUUCGCAAGCUACGCAUCAUCAGGGGGGAGCAUCUAGAGGCAGAUGUCUAUGCUUUCUACGCACUGGACAACCAGAACCUGCGUGAGCUGUGGGACUGGUCCAAGCACAACCUGACCAUCCAAAAUGGUCGAACGUUCUUCCAUUACAACUCCAAACUUUGCAUGUCCGAAAUCAGGAAGAUGGAGGAGGUGACAGGAGCUAAAGACCGUAACCAAAAGAAUGACAUCGCUGUACGCAACAACGGGGACCAAGCAUCCUGUGAGACCAAGCUGCUGAAAUUCACCCUCAUCAAGACCACGUCAAAUAUGAUCAUGUUGAGGUGGGAGGCCUUUUGGCCCUCAGACUUCAGAGACCUGCUGGGCUUUAUGGUUCUCUACAAGGAAGCUCCAUACAGGAAUGUAACAGAGUUUGAUGGACAGGACGCGUGUGGCUCCAACAGUUGGGUGAUUGCGGAUGUUGAUCCUCCAUCCCGUCCUGGUGAUCUCAAGAAGGCAGAGGAUCCGGGGCAUCUGAUCCGACCUUUGAAGCCCUGGACCCAAUACGCCAUCAUGGUGAAAACCCAAUUGUCUGCAUCUGACGAGCAUCAGGUUCACGGAGCCAAGAGUGAGAUCAUCUACGUCCGCACCAAUGCCUCCAAGCCGUCUGUGCCUCUGGACCCCAUCUCCUCUUCAAACUCGUCCUCUCAGAUCAUCCUGAAGUGGAAGCCUCCAACCAGCCCCAACGGGAACAUCACCCACUACCGGGUCAUCUGCCGCAAACAGCCUGAGGACAGCGACCUGUACAAGUUUGACUACUGCCUCCAAGGAAUGAAGCUGCCAUCUCGCACACCGACCCACCUUGACAGCGAGGAUGAGCAGAAGUGGAACCACACGGAUGAACCCACCUCAGGUGGCCGCUGCUGUGCCUGCCCUAAGACGGACAUCCAACUGAAGAAAGAGCAGGAGGAGAUAGAAUACCGCAAGACCUUCGAGAACUACCUCCAUAAUGAAGUCUUUGAGAGCAGACCAGCUCGUCGGAGACGCUCAGUGGGAGUCGCAAACGCCACCCAAAACGCUCUCUUCCUCACCACAGUACCCAGUCUGCCAUUCGGCUCCACCACAGUUGGCCCUAAUGAUGAAGACCAAGAUGAUAAGGGAUCAAAGGUGGAGCUUAAGGUGUUCUCAAAGGAGUCAACAGUCAUCUCCAACCUGCACCACUUUACCAGCUAUAAGAUAGAGAUCAUGGCCUGCAACCAUCUGACAGACCUCAAACGCUGCAGCAUGACUACUUACGUCAGUGCUCGAACUAUGCCAGAGGAGAAAGCAGACGAUAUCCCAGGCCCUGUGACCCACGAGAUAGUGAUGGCCGAGCCUCCCUAUGUGUUGAUAAAGUGGAACACACCUCGCUCCCCAAAUGGCCUCAUCAUCCUGUACGAAGUGUUCUACAGGAAGGUUGGAGACUCCGAGGUUCACACAGUUUGUGUUUCCCGACCAGCCUACAUCAAGACUGGUGGCACCAAGCUCUCACUUGUCCAGCCUGGAAACUACAGCGUGAGGGUCCGUGCCACCUCUUUGGCAGGAAACGGCUCCUUCACAGAGAUCACUUACUUCUUCAUGCCUAACCCUGAUCCAGGUUUAAUUUGGAUCGUGAUUGGCCCGGUUAUCUGUUUCAUUCUGCUGCUGAUUGUGGGUGGAGGAGUCUUUGUGAUCUUAAAGAAGAGGCAAACAGAAGGCCCAACCGGACCCCUUAUUGCCUCCUCAAAUCCUGAGUACCUCAGUGCCAAUGACGUGUAUGUUCCUGAUGAGUGGGAGGUCCCCAGAGAGAAGAUCACAGUACUCAGAGAGCUGGGUCAGGGCACCUUCGGUAUGGUGUACGAGGGAAUUGCCAAGGACAUUGUAAAAGGAGACCUGGAAACGCGUGUAGCCGUUAAGACGGUCAACGAAUCAGCCAGCCUGCGGGAGAGGAUUGAGUUCCUGAAUGAAGCCUCGGUCAUGAAGGCUUUCAGCUGUCACCAUGUGGUGCGCCUGUUAGGUGUGGUGUCUAAAGGUCAGCCCACUCUAGUGGUGAUGGAGUUGAUGACCCAUGGCGACCUAAAGAGUUACCUUCGCAGUCUCAGGCCAGACUCUGAGAACAACCCAUCAGGCCGCCCUCCUCCCACACUAAAGGACAUGAUCCAGAUGGCGGCAGAGAUUGCAGAUGGUAUGGCGUACCUCAACGCCAAGAAGUUUGUGCACAGAGACCUGGCAGCCAGGAACUGCAUGGUGGCAGAAGACUUUACAGUCAAGAUUGGAGACUUUGGUAUGACCAGAGACAUCUAUGAGACUGACUACUACCGCAAAGGAGGGAAGGGCUUACUCCCGGUCAGAUGGAUGGCUCCAGAGUCUCUCAAGGAUGGUGUCUUCACUGCCCACUCUGACUGCUGGUCAUUUGGCGUUGUACUGUGGGAGAUCAGUACACUAGCAGAGCAGCCUUACCAGGGUUUAUCCAACGAACAGGUUUUAAAGUUUGUCAUGGAUGGAGGAUCCCUAGACCGGCCAGAGAACUGCCCUGAGAGAAUGCACAGCCUCAUGCAGAUGUGCUGGCAGUACAACCCUAAAAUGCGGCCGAUGUUCCACGAGAUCAUCGAAAUGCUGCGGGAGGACCUGCACCCGUCUUUCCAGGAGGUCUCGUUCUUCUACAGCGAGGAGAACAAAGUCCCUGAGACAGAGGAAUUCGACCUGGACCUGGACAACAUGGAAAGCAUCCCUCUGGACCCAUCUUCUUACUUACAGAGAGAGGAGAGCUUAAGCAGAGACAGCGGGCCCUCAGUGGCCCUCAGGGGAAAUUACGAGGAACAUGUCCCCUAUACACACAUGAACGGUGGCAAGAAAAACGGACGAAUUUUAUCGCUGCCCAGAUCCAGCCCUUCCUAACAUUUCCUGUUUCCCAGAAGAACUUGUUUAAACUUCCCCCCUUCCACUUCCCAUCCUUCUUUCUCUUCCAGUCCAUUUUUUUUCUGUAUCCUUCAUGUUCCUCGCAUCAUUUUCUAAUGAUUUGCUUAUUCUUGGAGAACUCUUCAAAAAAAGACACAGAUCUCAGGACUUUUUAUUUUCUUUCUCACAGCUGCCCAAACACAGGGCAAGCAAGGGAUGCAAACAUGGUGUAACACAUUUUUUUACUUCCUCCACAACACAUUGGAUUUUCUAUUAUGAUAUUACCUAUCUAUUGUUUUUCACUAUUGCCAUGUUUCCAGGACUCCUUAUGAGGGAAACAUUAAAAAAUACUGUGAACACAACAAACCUUAGACAACCAAGAAGGCUGCUUAAUGCUCAACCUCCUCAAGACUUGCCCCCUUUUCCACAUUUCUGUGCUUUGUGUUUUUUCUCUCCAAGUGAAAUCUUGUUACUCAGAUAGUGGCCUUUUUGUACGUGGCCUAUAAACAAAGAGAAGUGUCUAACAGCGCUUAUACUAAUUUCCUUUUUGAACAAUGACUUAAUCAGUUUGGAACGGUGGGAUGACUUGCAAAGACUUGAUCUUAGAACAAACAUCUUAUUCCUAGAGGAAUGUUUUCUUUUUUUUGUUCUGCAGAAUUCCAAACUACACACAGAUUCAUCGGGUGUUUGGUGAAUAAUUUUAAUUUAUUUGCUUUAUCGCUGUUUUCUCUUCACUUUUCUUCUCUUCUUUCUCAGUUUUAUUUCUGUGUCCUCACUAUAUGGCUGAAGGAUAUUUAAACAGCUAAGAAUUGGACGAAAGAGUUCCUCAGACUGACCAAUAGCUGCUGCUUUGAUAUAUUUUAGUGGGUAUAGAAAUAUAUAAAUAAAUAUAAUAUAUAUAGUAUAUAUGGAAUAUUGGUUUUUAAGCACCAAUAUUUCAUAUAUAAUAUAUGACCUAUUGAUGUUUUGUAAAUAGUUCAUAUUUGUAAUAUUUUUCAUCAGAAGCUUUGCUGGUAUUUUGUUUUGCCAGGUUUUUUUCCUUUCUGGUUUUUUAAAUUUUGGUAAUUUUCUAGCCCCAGCAAUCACACCAAUCUACCAUCAGUGCUCUCUGUGUCUUAGGCCUCCAAAGCCCUGACAUACUGUCAACCUACUGCAUAAUUUUUUAUAAACCUCGGCCCCACAGCUGUCAACUUGACUACAACAAUGACAGAAACACAAAACGGAAUAACCAAAAAAAAGCUUUAUAAAAGGGGAAUGAGGUCUUUGAGGUGGAAGUGCACCUAAUGUGUGUUCGUCUCUGUCUGCUGUCUCUCUGUGGGGGGUCACACAUGAGCUGAGGUGUUAAUGUGUUUGUUAUCGCAGGUUUAUGACGUCUUUCAUGUGAUUGUUGUAAGUGAGGUUAGAGAGUGUAGGAAGCUUCCUCCUUGCUUGGUGAUUGUACUUUUGUAUGUUAGUGUAACAGCUUAUCAGUUGUGCGGGGGUUGCUUGGGUCAGAGAAGGAAGGGGAAAUUAACACAAGCUCUCGGGAAAGCGGACGAUUUUUGUGUCUUUAUUAUAAAAGCCAGAGAGCAGUAGCAUUUCCCUCCAAUCUGACCUGGAAUCUGCCUUUUUUUUUACACACAGCACUCCCCUCUCCUAGUUAGGUUUCCUCUGCACCACACACCUCCUGCUCACGCUCCCUCCUCGGCGCUUCCCAUUGGCUGCCGAGCUCACUGCUCAAAAUCAGGCUGCUGGAAAUUUCCACGUUUCGUGGUCGAGGGUUGGAGAAAAACACAGAAAGUUCCAACUGUGUUCACAGUCCACAGCAGGUAGCGAAGAGAGAGAGGGAGAGGGGAGCAUUCUCUGUGUCUCUCUGUCUUUCAGUGCGUCUGAGAGAGAGGGAGUGUAUGAAUGAUUGUUAAUCCUAUUAUUCCCUCUGCCAUCACAUGCAGUUAGGCAGUCAGGACACCGUGUGCAGCAGCUAUUUUGCUCAGGUCUGACAUUACAGGGUUUUUUUGGGAACUCCUCGUUCCUUUGCUUCCCCUGCUUUUGCCCACCUGCUGGCAAAGCUGAUACCAUCAGAGUCAGAGCACACAUUAAGGACAUUUUCUUCUUCUUAAAAAACUGAAGUUCUCCCUCCCUCUGGUAAUCAGAAACAUUCCUGUCAAUAUAAGCAUCUUUAGUUCUUCAUUUGGAGCCCAAAUCCUCUCAUUCUCUAACGUUCAAUGACGCAGGAGUCAGCAGACAUGUACAGAUGAACGUUUUAUGCAUUAUCAGGACACGCGGACCGAUACCGUUGCCAAUCUAGCCGAGCAGCAUUCAGCAGGUAUAGUUUAGCCAAAGUGUUGGCAGCUUUCUGUCAACAAUAAGAAUCCACAGAAUCCGAGUCGGAGAAAGCAGAGAAGCUGCCUCCAUCUUCUAAUCAGUGCCUUCUCAAACCCAGAGCCACGUCCAGACUAGCUCUAGUGGCUAGUGACACAUAAACAGGCCUCUGUGCUCUCUCUGUGUGCACAGGAAUCAUAGCUGCAUCUACAUUCACCUUUCUAGGGUUACAACUUUGUCCCUCGCUGCAAGAGAAGUCGUCAUUGGGGCUUUUUUUUUUUUUUUUAAACUUCCUUUUUUAAUUUUAUUUUUCAGCUUGUUGCCAGCAUUAGGUUUGAACACUAAUGUUCACCCAGUGCUUUAGCAGUGACACUGUGGAUCGGCCAGAGUCUGUGCUGUUGGCACUUCAAGGCACCCCGAGGAUGUGAUGUAGAUUUUAGAGAAUUAUUCUGAGGAGUUACAAUCUCGGGCUUUUCUACUUUGUAAAUAAUCUGUGACAUAGUUUGGAAAAUAAAAGCAGAAAAAAAGAUUUAUAAAAAAAAGAUUACGAUGCCCAUCAGUUUUGCAUACAUGACAGAAAAACGGUGGAUCUUAGCUGUGUCAGAUUUAUGCAGCACACUUUGUCUAAACCCUCAAAAUCCGCUGUUUUAGUAUGUUACCUUUCAGUAAAACACUACAGUAGACUCAGUGUGUAGUAUCUAAGUAGGACACAGUUCUUGUCUCCACCUUGACCUAGGUUGCUUAUCUUGUGGUGGUGUUCACACGCAUAUGCAAUUUUUAAUUAAGAUGGUGCCCAUAUCUUUGAAAUACCAGAUAUUUAUUUUAUUAUGAUCAUUGUCGUUGUAUAAGAAGAACACAGUUAGCUUUUUAGUCGUGCGUUUUUAAGGUGUUUGAGAGUGAAGCGAUGUAAAAGUUUGUUAUUGUACAGGCGGAGUAGCUGGUUGGAGAGCAGCAGGAGUGCUUGUUAGUUAGUUAGUAAUUGUCAUCGUCUUUGUGUUUGGCCAGAGUCUACCUCAGUGCAUAUGGAGGAAUCAGUCUAAAGAGCCUAGAUCACCCCCGUCAGUCACUUAAUAUCCCAUCAUGUCGGUAAAUAUCAAACAUUACCAACACUGCUGAUCAAUUCCUUUCCCCUGUGACGUCUCUAAACCCCUCUGCCUCCAUGUUUUUAUUUUUGUUUUUUUUCUUCUUCUGUCUGAGAGGGAAGCUUAAAUCACCCCUGAAGCGAGUGGAAAUUACACAGCCUCUAAAUUUUUCUCCUCUGUUUUAAUAUCUUGAGUGUAAAAUGUCCAGGAUAUAUACUAGCCAUCUCUUUCCUUAUAGUUUUACCCCAUGCAGUUAGAAAAAGUGAAAGAAAUUGGCUUAAUAUAUGGUGUUUUUAUUACUGGCUCACUCAAGGCUUCCCCUGGGCACUGGAAGAAUCAGCUUUAUUGUUUGUAUUCUCCUUUCCUUCAUUCACCAUUGUGCUUAAAUUGUAUUUAGUGGGGGUUCAACUGCUUUUCAGGCGUAUCUGCAUAUCUGUGAUCACCAAGUUUAGCCCUGGACCUUCAUACUGUUUUGAAAAUCACAUCAAAACUGAUCCUGUUGUUUGUAAGAAAGCCUGACUGCUCUUCUUCAAUCUGUCUCCAAUCAGAUAGCUUUCAAAUCCCACAUCAUCGGUUCAUUUGUCUGUUUCUAUGUUUUGAUUUUUUUAUACAUGUAUUUUUCUACUGUGAAUAUCAAGAGAUGACCUUUAUUUCCAGCAAUGACAUGGAUUGGUUCUGUUUUGGUUGAUUUGGACUCUGACUUUUGGGAUGGUUAAAGAGUUUUAAAGUGAUGACGCCCCCCACAACCCCCCAAGUUCCUCAUGUCUACAGAGGAAAGGAAAAAAAAAAGCUGGACUGGGACAAUCCUGUGUGCCAUAAAAACUAUCAACAGACAUGAAAUCUAGAUUGUAACUUUUCGUCUCAGGGAGGCGGCCUGAUGCUUUUUUGGAGGAUAAAGAGGAUGAGGAGGAAGAAGAGCUACCUACCUACUUUUAUCUUCUCUGACUGAAGUGCAAGUUCUCAGCAUCCUCGCAAGAGCAAAACAAGCAUUUCCCUUUUUAAAGAUCUAAUUCCCACAAUGAAGACAUCUCCUCUCAAAUGUCAUGUGGUCUGGACUGCCCUCUAGUGGUUGGAUGGGAGCAUCGCAGGCUCAGGCAUGGCAAAGCAAACACGGCCUCCAUGGCCCAUAGUGCCUUGCUCAGACUAACAGCCCGUCUGACCUCCUCCCAAUUAAAGCAGAACAACAGCUGCCAGGCAUGUUGCCACCAAUCAUUACAGAGGACGGUCCUCCUCUAAACAUGAAAUUAAAAAACAAAAAUGAUGGAGUAUUCAACUGUUUGCUGAGAAAAUACUGUAAUAUGACUGAUUCGAAAGAAAAUGUUGAACUUGUGUCUUUCUAUUGCUAAGCUCUGGCUUGCUUUGUGCAUCAAAAAUUCUCUAUACCAGCAGGUAGCUCCAUGAGUUCAUUUGUACUGAUUUUGCCCCCCAUCUUUCUUCGUUGACAGCAAAAGCACAUGCAAAAACUAGAUGAUUAGUGAUAAAUGAUUGCAUUUCUACUGGGGCUUUCCAUUUGAAAUGCAUUUGGUUUUUCCACAAUUAAGAAAAGCAAGAACUGAUUAUUGAGCUCUUAACUGUAAAUAGCUGGAGAUUCCUUUGGCCCCUGGAAAAUGAAAGCACUUGACUUUAGGGAAGUUUUGUUAAACUCUGAUGACCUUAAAAGCAGUUGGACAGAGCAUGCUCGUUAAACAGCACAGGGUGAGAACAAAGCAUUGUAUGUAUUAUUGUUUUCUUUGAAAGAAAAGAAAAAGUAUUACAUUUUAGAGAUGUUGAUUUCUAUUUUUUUUAGCCAAAGUAUGGAGGGCAAAUACAAUUACUUUUCUGACUGUAAACUUUUACUACUCUUGUACAUUAUGGAUUUAACAUUGUCAUCAAUGUGUAUAUAACUUUUUUCUUCUAAAUUUAAAAGAUAGAUUUUUUGUAUUGUUCUGUUUUCAUAACACCCACUCACUACACCAAGAAUAAAGCAGAGUCACAUCUGUCAAUGUAUUUAUCAGGAGCGUCUCAGCUCCAGUCUGAGGGCUUAACUGUGUAAAAAGACUCAAACAGUAUGUGGCCUGAAUCGUUCGCAGUGAACCCUGCUCUGAUGCAUGUUCCAAAUGUUGGUCAACGAGAAGUCGUGCAUUCACCUACCCUGCCCCUCCCCCCGCCACAGCAGCAUGUCACCUGAAAGCCUUUACUGUGUCACAGAUAUGUCACCUAUCACAGAUGUUGUUAUAUGAAAUUGUUUCUGAUAAGAGAUGUGUUCUUAGUUUGCAACUUUUUUUUGUAUCUGAAAAACUGGAAAAGACCACUGCACAUCCUUUUUGAGGAAGAGGAAACAAGUGAUAAAAUCCUGAAUAAGCUAACAAAAAAUCACACAAAACAAUAAAGAAAAAUUUUAGCAAUGGUUCAACAACCAUUGACUGAAACUCUGGAGGUGUUACAGAUGUUUGGGGAAAUACGCUUAUUAGAUUCCUCACACAGAGGUUGGAAGAGAAGACACUGAAAAUACGUAGCAGCAGCUAGCUAGCUUUAGCCUGACUCUACUCAAAGGUUUUUAAAUCUUUGAGCUGUGUCAUUCUAGGAAUAAUCCUGUCACAUCCAGAUGUUUUAUCUGUCAAAAUCCCCCAAGUGUAAGAAAAGCAAUUCAGAUCUAUAGAGGGUUUGUGCUAGAGAGCACAGUAGCUGCCAGUCAACCAAUCAGAUAAUUUAAGUUUUAUGAUUUGCCUAAAGGCUUAGAUCAGUGAAAAGGUUGCUACUUUUGGAUAUUAACAGGCCAGCUGUUUUUCCUUGUUUUAAGCAACUGCUAGCUUAAGCCUAGCUGUGGCCGACAUUAGCAAAGCAGCGUAUUUUUCCAAACUCUCUACAGAGGCUCACCUUCAUGCUCUGAAUAAACAGAGUACUUUCUGUCAGUAUUGUGAUGAUGAACUGUUCAUGUUCGUUGUCAUUGUUUAAAGACGGAGAGCUCUACUGGAGGCCAUCUACCCUGUUUGUCUGGUGAUAAAUCUGUGGAAAAACAUCCUCUUUUUGAGUCAUUCGUCAGUCCAGUGGUCUGGUCCAGUUUCCACACAGAUUCUUUUUAUUUAUCUCUGUCCUGUUCCCUGUGCUGUGUCGUUUAAUUCUAUGGAGUAGUGUCUGUGUCGUCCUGGGUUGAAGUCUAUAUCACAGCUUUCCUCAUCUCCGAUUGCUGCUCCUCCUCCUCCUCUGUGUCCUUCUCUUUCUCUCCUCAGUGCACAUAGGUGGUCCCCAGAAUGCUGUGUGUAGUCUUGCAGGAUACCUCUUUAUUAAUGUCAUUUAUUGCCGAUGAAUAUGCUGAUGUAUUAAUUUUUUGGGAUAUGUUGUGUAUACAUUUUGUUGAGACAUCGGUGCGUUUGUAGACAGCAGGUGUGUAUAUGUGUGUAUGUACAGUCCGAUAAAAACCCCGCAACCCGCAGAGAUCGCUUCAUCCCUCACACUGGAUCCAAAUGUGCCAUUAUCUUUAUGUAUAUCAACAUAUUGAACACAUACACAGAGACAGAAAUACAUGCAUAUUGUACAGGAUCAAAAAUGUGCCAUGACUAAAUGAACGCUUGACAAUUUAUUUUUUCUAUGUUUUCAAAGGAGAGCCAAGUAGUGACAUGUACAGAAAAUGUUGCAAUGAUAUGAAAAUAAAAAUCUUGCUGUGUGUAAAUUAUUCAACAAUUAACUGUUUAUAUUAAAAUUAUGAAUAAAAUUAU